CCGAGCAUUCUUCGCAUCUCUGUCGGUGCGCUGCCGAUUCACGUACACAUACCCGGCUGGUCCAGAAACACAAGAAUAACUUUACACAGUUUACAAAAACUACAAUAUCCCACAUUAGAAAGAAAAAGGGGGACGAUUUAAAAAAAAAUGAAAUAACAAUAACGGAGGUGUUGGAGUUGGCUCAGUCGGGAGUUGGAGAUUUCACUUGAGAAUUUUCGGAGCACGGCAAAAACAUUAUCCUGAAAGACUUGUUGCUUCAACACAUUUGGCCUGGGGUUUUCCUAUUCUUGCUGUGAAGUUACUGUCUCUCCCUAGUCUGGUCCAGGCUUCGGCUUGGAAAGCCCCAGCGCCACCAUUGAUCCCAGCAGCUGGAGCGGCAGCGAGAGCCCUGCCGAGGACAUGGAGAGGAUGAGUGACUCGGCGGACAAGCCCAUGGACAACGACGCGGAGGGGGUGUGGAGCCCUGACAUCGAGCAGAGCUUCCAGGAGGCCCUGGCCAUCUACCCCCCCUGCGGCCGCAGGAAGAUCAUCCUGUCUGACGAGGGCAAGAUGUAUGGUCGCAAUGAGUUGAUAGCCAGAUACAUCAAGCUUCGGACGGGGAAAACAAGGACGAGGAAGCAGGUGUCUAGUCACAUACAGGUCUUAGCAAGAAAGAAAGUUCGAGAAAUCCAAGCUGCCAUCAAGGUGUCUAGUCACAUUCAGGUUCUUGCCAGAAGGAAAUCUCGUGAGUUUCAUUCCAAGCUAAAGGUUACAAGUAUGGAUCAGACAGUGAAGGACAAAGCCCUCCAGAGCAUGGCCUCCAUGUCCUCGGCCCAGAUCGUCUCUGCGACCGCCAUCCACAACAAGCUGGGCCUGCCAGGCAUCCCACGCCCAGCCUUCCCAGGAGCAGCAGGGUUUUGGCAGGGCAUGAUAUCGACUGGACAGCCAGGAUCCUCUCAAGACAUCAAGCCUUUUGCCCAACAGUCAUAUCCUAUCCAGCCAGCAGUCACGACAGCCAUUUCAAGCUACGAGCCCACGACGGCCUCCGCGCCCACAGUACCGGCGUGGCAAGGCCGCUCUAUCGGCACGUCCAAACUCCGCCUGGUGGAGUUCUCCGCCUUUCUGGAGCAGCAGAGGGACCCUGACUCGUACAACAAGCACCUCUUUGUGCACAUCGGACAGACCAACCACUCCUACAGCGAUGCCUUGCUGGAGUCUGUGGACAUUCGUCAGAUUUAUGACAAAUUCCCAGAGAAGAAAGGAGGGCUGAAAGAGCUUUUUGGCAAGGGACCCCAGAACUCCUUCUUCCUUGUAAAGUUCUGGGCUGACUUGAACUGCAACAUUCAGGAUGACUCGGGGGCAUUCUACGGAGUGACCAGUCAGUACGAGAGCUCUGAGAACAUGACCAUCACCUGCUCCACCAAGGUGUGCUCAUUCGGCAAGCAGGUGGUGGAGAAGGUGGAGACGGAGUAUGCACGGUUUGAGAACGGACGCUUUGUCUACAGGAUAAGCCGCUCUCCCAUGUGUGAAUACAUGAUCAACUUCAUCCACAAGCUCAAACACCUGCCGGAGAAAUACAUGAUGAACAGCGUGCUGGAGAAUUUCACCAUCCUUCUGGUGGUGACCAACAGAGACACCCAGGAAACACUGCUGUGUAUGGCGUGUGUGUUCGAGGUGUCCAACAGCGAGCACGGCGCCCAGCAUCACAUCUACCGACUGGUGAAGGAAUGAGACCCCUGACCCAGCCCCCCGACCCCCCCCCCCUCCCUCCCAACUCCCCUCCACAUAGACUUAAGAACCUCAAAACAAGUGGCAGUGCCUCUAUCUGAAAAUCACACCUACAAAUGCUUCUUAUUCACGAUUUUGGGUGAAGCGUAUUAUUGUUAUUCAUUCCCUGUUUUGUUUCUUAAUAUAUGUGUUUGAUGUUUGACUGCAGCUGUGAAUUGUGGUACAGUUGUUUCAUGUUUUGAUACGCAAGUAAUUCUAUCAUUUAAAGGAUGUUGGUCUCUGUUCGUAGGAUGUACAUAUAAAAGUGGCAGUAUCGAAAAAAAACUCUUUUGGUUGGGGUUUAAUUUGGUCAACAGACAUACAGCAUAUGGAUGGAUUUUUUGGCCCUGUGAUGUACACAAAUGUGUUAGCCUUUUCUCUUAUUGGGGGUUAUGUGAACUACAUAAAGUUAUGAGUGUGCACUGUAUUCCUUUAGAUUAUCAGUUGUGAGCGUCAAUAGAUACACAAACAUACAGUAUACAAACAAUAGGUUUUCCAAAGACAAUUACUUUCACAUGUUACAUAUCAUAUCAAGUUAGUGAAAGGCGAGUGGUCAUUGUUUCCAAGUUAUAUUCUUACUCAUCUCUUUAAGGGAAUCGUCCCUGUUUUGGAACCCCCACACCUCAGAUACUAAAAUAACAGUGAAUACAAACACAGUUCACCUUUGCAUUUCUUACUCAGUUAUACAUAGCAACAAAAAAUACCACCUUAACAUAGCCCCACGCUACAAAGGAGAAGCCUCUCUUGGGAAAAAUUGAAAAUAUUUUUAAAUGCAUUUCUAUUAUGAAAACAUGAAAGCACUACUUUUGAGAGGACUGUCACCUUGUCCUGAGCACUUGGUUCCCCUUCUAUGACAUGCCUUAGUGAUUCACACUUCGGUCUGUGUUUUACAAAGAAUCUUGAAAGAAUCGUGAAACAAUGGAUCACUUCUACACAGCAGGCCUUGUUCAGAAUGCAGUGGCAUUGCUCCUGGACACAUCAUGCAUUUUUCAAUCUCUCUUGACCUUUUUUUUUCUUUGUCUCUUUGGUUAUUGCAGUGUCAUUUCUACAGAGUCGGAUCGAGUGUCGCUGCCUUUCUGUUCACACAACACUCUGACUCUGUGGCCUACCACAAUGCUGAGCCUUAAACAUGUUAUGAUGGUUGUGUGAAUUCCAAAAGAUGCCACUAAAGCUGUGAUCUCUUUACUAAGCUGGAAGACUUUAUUUUCACAUUGUGUAGGGGAUUCUGCAGUACCACCUGCCAAAGUGUAACAGUGUGCACAGUGCCUUAGUGUAUGUGGUAACAUUGGAAUUGAUUCAUUUCUGAGAAUGUUUUUUGUUUUUAACACUAAAAUCAGUUGUGUCAAGACAAAUUAACUGCCAGGAUUACAUGCUGGUACAAAAUUUCACCAGACUUGUGAGGUACCAUUUUUUAAUGGUAUACAGAACAUCAAAUAACUCACUUUGCCUUUUCUAUUAAUAGACCAAAAAUACAGAUACAUUCUGUCAUGUCCUGCACUGUAGCGAGGAAGUGCCUUUGGUUUAGGAUCUCUCCAGCUUCAAAAAGACAGAGAAAUAUUGAAUUAAGUGUUGCUGAACCAAAAACAAAGAGAUGUACGUGAAACUAAUCACCGCAUUGCCUUUCUGAAGGUUUGUAAAAAUUACAUGGUAUUGUCCGUGGAUGGCAUGAAAUAAAAUUAUAUAUACAGUAUAUAUAUAGACAUAUAUAUAUAUAUAUUGAUUCUUACUACUACAGUAUGAUUUGAUAUUUUUUAUCUAAAAAGUGCUCUGUUUGUAUUUGUGUUGUUGAAUUGUGUUCAAAACCUGUUGGGAGUAAUUAGCAGCUAACCAACCAGAGGAUGAUGAGUCAUUCAACCAACUGUCAGAAGUCACAGAGGCUAACAUAGUCCCUUAGCAUCACAGACACUCCCACAACUCUCGUCAGAAACAAUAUUUAUCUAAAUGUAUCUUAUUCUAAGAAAAUGCUAAUCCUUGCAGACCAUGUUUCUGGAAGAUGCAGAUUACGUUUAAUUUACUCAGUAUAUUCAGUACAGCCCUGAAACUGUGGUGUUCAGUAGGCCUAUGUUGUGUUUUAUUUUGAGAUGAGAUGACUCUAUUGUCUGUCACAAAGUAACAGAAAUUUUCCUUUGAUUUUAUCAAUGUGUUCUCUCGUUUAUGCCCUGUGUACUUGUUCAUGUUUUAUUGAUUACUUGCUGGGAUGUACCUAUUUUCCUGUUCUACAUGUACACAAUGGUUUUGUGAUGAUGUCGUAGGUUGUAUUCCAAGCCCUGAGAGGGUGGUGAUGCUGUUACUGCUGCACUGCUGGUACAUUGACAUGUCAGUUCCAUCCUGAGGAGAACGACUGACUCUACCGUGCCUCCCUCGUCCCCGGUGGCCGCAGAACUGAUGCCUUUGAUAGGAUGAAUGUCUGGAGGACCCACUGUCUGAAGCAAGCAGGCAAAUAAUGGAUGUGUAAAGGAAUCUAGACACAAACAUAUCAGCAGUUUAGCUCUUGUUGUUAUUUGUUUGUAAUUUGUCUAAGUGUAGGUACUGGUACCUUUUUGUUUCAUUACCAUUUAAGAUAUUGGCUUUAAAGGUGAACUCACAAAGUUCUGAUAGUAUCUUGAAAAAAAACUAUUGCAUUUGUGUGCAGAGAUUUUUUUGUAAAAAGGUGCUUUGUAUAAAAUUAUAUCCUGGCUUUUCUUGGUACAGAAGUGUGAUAUCUUUUCAUAUCCAUGACGGUAAAGCGUUGGAGCAACGGAGGGAAAAUAAAAUCUGCUAUGUGUAUGUGUUCUCUACUGCAUAUGGUCUUGUCUCCGUAACAUUUUGAUGCCUUCUUGAAAAAGUGGUAGAUUUUUUGUAGCUUUCUAGAUACUUUGUAUGUAUACAUUAUUGAAGUUAAAUAAAUCAGGACGUAAAUUCUG